AUGCUUCCUAGACGUAUAACAAGAAGUCAGGCUAAAGCUUCCCAGCCUCCUGCUUCGCAAGCAAGCGCCACUGCUAUAUCUGGACAUGCAAGACACUCAAGACGUACAGAUGUCGAGCCCACUAGGCAGUUCAAAGGGUGGGAAUACGUUAGCGAUGAUGAAGCAACACCUCAACCUGAAGUUCAAGACCUAUCGGCAAAUGCACGAGCAAGAGAAGUUCGAGCAGCGACCAGAAGAACCAACGCUGCCUCUCGACAGGAAGAGCGUGAUUUGGAAAGAAUGAUCAGAGAAUCAAUGACAGAGCCGGAAGCCACUCAAACACGUCAAACACUAGUUGAAGAAGAGGCUGAGAGAAAUCCAAUCGUGCUUGGAGAUUCUUCCCCAGAGGACACAGAUGACGACGAAUUUCAUACACCUGGCGUUCCCGGAAAGAUGCACAUGCCUGCUAUGGAUGACGAUCAACUCAACGACCUGGAGGAGGUGGACGUACAGCUACAGAAUCCGGUGAUCACUGUCGAGGCUUCAACUGGACCUGGUUCCGUGGCGACUGCGACCAGACGCAAGGGCAGAGCGCCAAAUAAGAGCAGACAAAAUCAUGGUGUAUACGUUCUGCGCGAUGGAGACGAAGAGCCUCAAUGGCUGAAAGAGAAAACAUGGUAUUCGACUGCAAGUCAUGCCCAGUACGAGACAAACACCUUGCUCGACAGAGCCGUCGCGGUAUCUAUAGAAAAGGACUCAAAUUUCAAGAAGUCGUCAGUGGGCAAUGCGGGUCUUCCGGAUCUUCAAGCCAUUGUCAGGUCAUGCAGUCAAACCGGAUGCCAGUAUUCGGCAGAGACUCUGCAAGGGUAUCAUCUCUCACAGUUGGCUGAGUUCAUGUCCGGACGUCCUUCCCAACAGGACCAUGACAGUUUGAUCCGCACGAGUAUCACGAAAGGAACGGCGAGGUGCACUGAACAUUCGGAUGGAGAGCGAUACCCUUAUCCACCCGCAAGAAUCGCUGGAUGGGCUAAAUGUGGUCAUCUCGAGCCACAGUCACGUGGUACUAAGAAGCAUGGCCUUGAGAUGCCGAUUUGGUUCAUUACCGAGGAAGAUGGGACAGAAAAACCUUCCAGAAUGUGGCAUAUCGCUAACGACAAUACCAAGACACUCACUGUCACUUGCUCAAACAGAGAUGCUGCAUCUUGCGUUCAUUCCAUUCGUCAAAAGAUAGUCAGAGUCAAGAAACGUGAAGAUGAGGACGCACUGGCCGCCGCAACUUCGCAGGCCAGUGCCCAGUCACUCAUGCCGCCUCCUAGCCUUCCCCAUGUACUCUUCCAGCCUGGACACCAUGGUGCGUCUAUGGCGCAAACAGAGGGAAGCAAGUAUGGGUCAAGCAAUUGGCGUACGUCCCAUAUGAACUUCUUCAAUGGUAGUAGCCGGGAAGAGAUUGGUCUGGUGUUAGAUGAGUUUCACGAAUGGUCCUGCUGGACCUGCAAGAAAGCUGUAGGGAAUCAACCAACUCCAAACAGUAGCCGAUUAGAAAAGUAUAAAUGGAUGUUUACAGAUGAAUACCAAAAAGCAAUGGAUGAUCGCGUCGAGUAUGGAGCUUUCGUGUGUGAUGACGAGGAAUGCAAAAGUGGCAGACGAGACUUUAUGCAUGAACAAGGACAUCAAACCAUCAAGUGCCCAAGCUUACAAGGUUGCUCGACCACUUUCAACAUGGUCAAUAAUGAUACCAGAAACGAGGACUUUAUAGUCAACCAGACUAAUACUAAUCCUCAACAGAUUUAUCGACUCUGUUCACAACCGUGCACGGCGAUGACCUCCCUUAGAGUAGCUGACUCGAACUAUCGCACUUCUGGGCAACAAUUCAAAGAUGCCAGAGCCCUUAUAGAAAGGAGUCAAUCCCGAGGUAGAAAGAGAAAUAGAGAUGGAUACGGUGAAUAUGUACCUAAUUCCAGAGGCUCCUCGGCUUCGGGAAUGAGUGCUACCACUGUGGGUACAAUGGGAAUGUCCGCCCUGAAUGUAGCCGCCACCGCUUCUAGCCUAAUCAGUGGUUCGGAAGAAGGAGGCAGAAGAUCCCAGAUCGCUCGAACGGAAUCUCCAGAUAGUGGAUGGCGAUGA